AUGGCUCUGCUUUCGCUCUUGGGGCUCUUCGUUCCGGUCCUGUCUGCAGCGCAGGGGGACUACCAGAAAUAUAUGAGCCAAUACGCAGGUGACUACGAGAAGUACAUGCACGGGGGUGGCGGAAACGGCGGGAGUGGGGACUACGAGAAGUACUACAAGAAGUACAUGUCUCAGUACGGCUCGGGUGCCUCCGGUGGCUACGAGAAGUUCAUGUCACAAUACGCAGGCGACUAUGCGAGCAAGUACAUGCCAUCCUCGGCAGAGUCGAAGAAGUCCGCAGAGGCAAAGCCGGUAAGCUUCGCUGCAUCCGAUGAUUCUCACUCCAAGAAGGACUCCGCGAAGGAGAGCGAUGAGAAGGCACACCAUUCAGAGCAUGAGCAAAGCGGCUACCAGCAGUACAUGAAUCAGGGCCCCCAGAGUGGCGACUACAGCAAGUACAUGCAAGGACAUGGCUCUCAGGGAAGUGGCUACCAGCAGUACUACUCCAAGUACACUCAGAACCAUGGGUCGCAGGGUGGGGACUACCAGCAGCAUCUGCAGUCCUACGGUGGGGACUACAGCAAGUACAUGCAGGGUCAUGGCUCCCAGGCCGGAGACUACAAGCAGUAUAUGCAGUCCUACGGUGGCGACUACAGCAAAUACAUGCAGGGGCAGGGCUCCCAGGAGCAAGCCACGGCACCGGCCGAGUUGGCAGCCGUUCCGACUCCAUCGCCCUUCCUCUUUGUGGCUGCGACCCUCGCGGCGGGCUCCUUCGUGGCUGGCCUUCUCCGCCUUCGCCGGCAGCACCAAGCUCUGCAGGAGUCGGAUGACCUGGUCUACGUUGAGGCGCCCAUGGACGUCGCCUAA